AUGUCGCCUUCUCCCGAAUUAGCCAUCGCGACCUUCCUGGAUAGCAGCAGCGAAGAUAGCGCAGGUGUCUCAACGCCUAUAACGUUUAUGACUUCGUCAGCCGAGCCAUCCAUCUGGCAGGUAGGCCCCUCAAGCGGCAAAGAGGGAUCCUCGUCUUCUUCGACUAGCGAGGUCAUUAGCAGGGGCACAGACGACACCGACUACGAGGAUGAAUAUCCGACCGAAUACCACGAAAGACUUCCCCCCGUACCUGCUGGUGAUGAACGCAUGAUCCGACUUAGAGGUAAACACCCGCUCAAUGUCGAAGCGCCUUUGUCAGAACUGUGGAAGAGCGGAUUCAUCACGCCGACAGCACUUUUCUUCGACCGAAAUCACGGCUAUGUUCCUCGUGUUGAGCCAGAGGAAGCAUCUAACUGGCGCCUACGGAUCCACGGCCUUGUACACAAUGAGGUCUCUUUCAGCAUCCAAGAGCUGAAAGAUCGGUUCGAGACGAUAACACUACCGAUCACCCUCCCCAAGCGACCCGCCGCAGCCUACUCAUGGGAUCGCGACACGCCAGGCAGAAGUCGCCACGUGGUUUUCGAAUGCAUCGACGAGCUUCCGAACGGCAAAUACGGCACCAGUCAGCGCCUGGUCCACUGUCUCGACCGCAGAAAGGGCAUAUUGAUUGCAUGGGGAAGGAACGGCAAAGCAUUCACUCCUGACCAUGGAUUUCCUUUGCGUCUGGUCGUGCCGGGUCAAAUUGGCGGUCGCAUGGUGAAAUGGCUCAACCGCGUCGAGGUAUCAGACAAGGAGUGUCAGCAUCAUCUCCACUUCCAAGAUAACAAAGUCUUACCAGCAGAAGUGACGACAGACCAAGCCCGCACGGAAGACCACUGGUGGUACAAUCCCAAAUACAUUAUUUACAAUGUGAACGUCAACGCGGCUAUCGCGUGCCCGGCACACAAUGAGACCAUCGAGGCGGACAGCAAAGGUUUUUACGACCUGCAGGGCUACGCAUACACGGGCGGUGGCAAGCGCAUUUCGCGCGCUGAGAUCUCCCUUGACGAUGGCGACUCGUGGCAGCUGGCAGAGCUCGACUUUCCAGAAGAUUUGUACCGUCUCAACCCGAUUAGACACCAUCCUUACUUUGGCACGCUGGAUCUUUCCACAAGCGAGAUGUCAUUCACGUGGUCCGCGAGCGUUAUCACGAUCCGAGCGACGGACGAAGGUUUGGCUCAGAUGCCGCGAGAUCUUGCAUGGAACGCCACGGGCACGAUGAACGGUUGCUGGCACAGAGUUGCGGUGCUGCGUAACCCUGACAAUAACAAGAUCGUCUUCGAGCACCCGACAGUCGCUGGCAACACCAAUGGGGGCUGGAUGCAGAGGCUCAAAGACAAUGGCCAGAAUAUUCGCUAUCCGAUCUUCGGCGAGACAGCAAUGUCCGGUCCACAGGAAGGCCCUGCAGGGCCAGAUGUAGAGAAGCGGACGGUGAGGAUCACUGCAGCUCAGGUUGCGGACCACGCAAACGAGCGAAGUCCAUGGUUUGUCAUCAAAGGCCAUGUGUUUGACGGUACCAGCUUCUUGGCCGAGCAUCCAGGUGGAGUUGAAUCGAUCGCUCUUGUCGCGGGCGAGGAUGCGACGGAUGACUUCAUGGCCAUUCAUUCGAUGGACGCUAAGAAGAAGAUGCGUCCAUUGCACCUGGGCAUUCUCGACAGUGACGGUCUUGCCGCGCCGUCUAUAUCUGAAGAGAACGAUGACGUUACGCAGUCGUUCCUCAAUCCAAAGAAAUGGAAGAAGUCUAAGCUCGUUUCCAAGGAGACAAUUUCGGGCGAUUCACGGGUCUUCCGCUUUGCUCUCGACCAUCCAGAUCAGGAGCCCGCCAAAAGUGCUGGUGGCAAGGAAGAAGAGAUCGUGCAGCACGCAUACACACCCUUCUCCAACAACGAGCUGCGCGGAUACAUCGACAUCCUUAUCAAGGUCUACUUCCCCUCCACGGCACUCCCUCAGGGUGGGAAGAUGAGCGUAGCAAUCGAUAAUCUGAAAGCCGGAGAGGACUUUGUCGAGCUCAAAGGCCCUCUAGGGAGCUUCACAUACCUUGGCAUCUUCGACAAUGGACCAGAGAGCGACGUCAACGUCUGGAUCGUUGAUGCGAACCGUACAGAGUCCAACAUCCUCGCACGCACGCACAUCGAUGAAGUCGUCAAGCAAUCCAACGGCAGGAUCAAGCUUUGGCACAUCCUUUCUGGCGAAUGCGCACCAGAGUGGCCGAUGGGCCGAGGGAGAGUCAACGAGCAAAUCUUGCAGCAGCACAUGCCUCCACCCCCAGCCAAAUUGCAGACUUCCGACGAGCUUGAAGGUACCAUCGCACUCGUUUGUGGACCGCCACCGAUGGAGAGAAUUGUCGCCGUUGGCCUCGCAGCACUCGGAUGGGACCUCGAGCGCAUAGUUGUCUUCUUCUGA